UCGCCGAGCAUAAAAAUAGCCCACGAUAAAACUGCGUUCAUACACAUAGACUAUACCUUGGAUAAAUAACAUUUUAUAUGAAUAUUUACUUGACUGUGGUCGUAUAAAUAUGUACAUUGCGAAAGUUAUUAUAUUGGCUGUUAUUGCCCAUGCUAGUGGAGCAUCCGCGAAUUUAGACAGUAAUAACCUUCAAGCAAUGGUGACAGAAGCGGUUCGACAUAUACUCAGUGACGGAAAUAGCGGAGAAAACAUGACAACUAUGGCGAUAUUGAAAGAAAUUAACGAGCUGAAGAACAAGAAUAUUCGUCUUGAACAAAGAAUAAACAACCUGGAGCAGGAAAACAGGGACAAGGACAAGAGUAUAUGUUCUUUGCAGACCUGUUUAAAUACAAUCGUAGAAAUGAUAUCAAGAAAUGACAGUCGAAUUGCUCAAAAUGUACCUGUAAAGAAUUCAGAUGAGUUGCUUAAUAAGUGUCGAGACUGGAAGAGCGGGAUAUCUGAAAAGCAAAAUUCUGGAAUGGAAACUUUAGUGAGAACAAACCGGAACAUCGUGUCACCUCACAAUAUAGCAUUUUCUGCUUAUCUUACUCGUACUGAUUCUAGCAUGACUCCAGGACAAGCCAUUAAAUUCAACCACGUGUUGCUGAAUGAAAGAGCCGUGUACAAUCCUUAUACUGGCGCUUUCACCGCACCUAUAUCUGGAACGUACUUGUUUACGUUUCAUUUCGACUCCCGUGUGCAUACGUUCGUCCGUCUUACCGUAGAUGGAGUCAACAUAGUGGAUGCCGUAGCUAAUCCACACACAAACACGCAGGACAGAGAAAGUAUGAGUGGUAACACAGUUAUCAUACAUGUUGGAAUCGGCCAGGCAGUUCUUGUAGAAGUGUAUGAUGUGAGCGGUGAAGUAGCGUCCAGCGAUAAAUAUCGUCUGUCUUCGUUCUCUGGUGUGUUUCUAUAUCCAGAACACCCGUCUUAAUGAACAUUUUAUACUCUAUGAGAACAGACCUUAUGGAUAUAAGAAAUAAAAGUUUGGUACCAGCUAAGUACAGUGUUGCUGCAUGCAUGAGUUAAAUGCAUAUACGAUUAAUAUGUAAUAUAAAUUGAUUAUCUUUCACAUAAAACAAUAUACAGCAAAUUACGAUAGAUGUCACUCUUUCUUAUAUGAAAUAAACGAAAUAAAAUAAAGUGAAAUUUA